AUGAUGGUGGUAGAAAGUCUAGACACCCUCUAUAUCAUGGAUUUGCAAGACGAGUACAAAGAGGCGAGGGACUGGAUCAUUUCCUCUCUCAAUCUGGAUAUCAACCACUUCACGUCUGUGUUCGAGACAACGAUACGCCUCCUUGGAGGCCUUCUGAGCGCAUUUACUCUCACGCACGACCCCGUGUUCAAGGACCUGUCCGUCGACCUCGCGACGCGGCUUCUCCGCAGCCACACCGAUGGCCUUCACUUCGUCGCCCUCGCUGCUUCCACUCACUCGCAGGCGAACGUAAAUCUUCAGACCGGCGACACGCGGAUGGAAGAUUCGCGCGUGUUUCUCUCCGAGGUCGGCACGAACUAUCUGGAGCUGAGCUAUCUCUCCGCGAUUUCCGGCGACUUCUCCUUCGUCCACGCCGCCGAGCGCAUCAUGACGGUUCUGCGCCGCACGCCUCGGCUACAGGGCCUGCUCCCCCUCCAAGUAAUGACCGGCUGGGCGUCCGGGCGAACGUACGGCAUGGGCAAUCGCGGCGACAGCUACUACGAGUAUUUGCUGAAGGGAUGGUUGCUGACCGGGGACGAGGUUCUCCGCGAGGAAUACUGUUCCUCUCUGCAAGGAUUGUACUCGCUGCUGCUGACGCAGAGCGGGCGGGACGGGCUCUUCGUGGUUCCUGAUUAUCACGGAAGUCGCCAGCGAAACAUGCAUCACUUGGCGUGCUUUCUGCCCGGAAUGCUCAUGCUCGGAGCCGCAAGCGGCGCUUGCCCGGAUCAGCAGCACGAUCGGGAGACGGCGUUUAAGUUAAUGCACGCGCUGGAUUGUUUGCUUUCAUCUGCAGGACCACCUACUCAGGCUCAGACCCAGACCCAGACUCAGGAACAUUCCUCGUCGCGCUGGAAGGACUUAAUUCCUACCGGACUCACAAAGUACAUUUUGCGUCCCGAAACAGUGGAAAGCCUCUAUGUUAUGUAUGCAAAAACGCGGAAUCCAGUGUUCCGUGAGUGGGGUUGGCAGAUUUGGUCCACAAUCAAAAAGCGAUGUAAAGGAAGGUACGGGUUCGCAGAUCUACACAAUGUGAUGCAUGCGGAUAGCGAUUUAGAUGAUCGAGGCGAGACAUUCUUUUAUUCUGAAACACUGAAGUAUUUAUAUCUGCUGUUUUCGGAAGAUGGUCCCUCGUAUCUCGACGAAUAUAUCUUCAAUACAGAGGCCCAUCUAAUUCAAAAACAAACAAGAUCUUUGUAG